AUGGCACAUUUCUCUGCGAGACUGAAGCUUGGAUCGUCGUUUGGUGUUGAUUCGAGAGGCCAAUUUCGGCACAUGGUCGGUGGGUCCCCGUUGAUUCGUGUGCGCCGGAGCCGACUAAAGCUUGAAGAGUUUCGUGCUAGAGAUUUCUCUUCUUACGCCUUUCCUUCUAGGAAUAAUAAAAUUCGCGAUUUGGAUUAUAAUCCUUGUAGCGACGAAGGCGGGGAUGAGUGGGAUUUUGACGGAGACGACGAUGAGUUAGAGACGGAUGAUCUAUCUUGCUUCAGAGGCUUGGUUCUUGACAUUUCAUACAGGCCGGUCAAUGUGGUCUGCUGGAAGCGUGCAAUCUGUUUGGAGUACAUGGAUAAGGCCGAUGUUCUGGAGUAUUAUGAUCAGACUGUUAAUUCUCCUACUGGUUCAUUCUAUAUACCUGCUGUGUUAAGGGUUCCACAUCUGCUUCAGGUUGUCAAACGAAGAAGAGUGAAAAACUCACUGAGUCGUAAAAACAUUUUACUGCGUGACGAUUACACUUGUCAAUAUUGUUCUUCCCGUGAAAACUUGACCAUUGAUCAUGUGAUCCCGAUUUCUCGAGGUGGAGAAUGGACCUGGCAAAAUCUGGUAGCUGCAUGUUCAAGAUGUAACUCAAAGAAAGGCCAGAAGACAGUAGAAGAAGCACACAUGAAGUUACUCAAGUCCCCGAAGGAACCAAAAGACUAUGACAUUGUUGCAAUACCAUUAACAAAUGCAGCUAUAAGGAUGCUUAGAUCGAAAAAAGGGAUGCCAGAAGAAUGGCGUCAAUAUUUGACAAAACCCUCAUCCGAGCCAUAG